UCCUUUCAGAUAGCUAUUCUCAAACUCGUAUCUGCUGAAAGGCGUCAGUCACAUUUCACAGCAAUAAUUGACAGAGGUAAAAAGGAGACGUUCUUCUUUCUGGUAAUGGAGUUGGUUGGCAAAAGUUUAGCUGAUCUGAAGUCUCAGCGACCGAAUAAGGUGUUCUCCGUGUCUACCGCAAUGGGCGUUGGCAUACAAUGCUUGGAAGCGUGUGAAGACCUACAUAAAUACGGAUUUAUUCAUCGAGACCUGAAGCCAGCCAACUACGCCUGCGGUUUGGGAGAUAAGAAAAGAGUGAUAUACAUUCUCGACUUCGGCAUUGCUAGGAAGAUUACGAACUUGAAAGGAGAACUGAAAACUCCUCGUUCAACGGUCCGAUUCAAGGGAACAAUACGGUUCGCUUCACUUGCUUGCCACAAGAAUACCGAAAUGGGUGCCAAAGACGACUGUGAAUCAUGGUUCUAUUUAUUGUUGGAUAUCACAAUACCAAGAGGCUUGGUAUGGAAAUCAGUACCUCGUAAAGAAGACGUACUUAGACUGAAAGAAGAAAUGCGCACAACAAAACGGGAAUUGGCUUUUUCUGGCGUGAAAUGUACCGAAGAGCUCGGGAGGGUACUCGACUACAUCGACGGUUUGAAGUAUUUCGAUCAUGUGGAUUAUGAUUUCAUCUACAAGUCUUUAACGGAGGCAGCGAAAACGUGUGGAGGAGACAUCAAUGACCCUUAUGAUUGGGAGAGGGAAAAAACGACAGCCUCAUCCACAGUCAAGUCCACGUCAGUCAGUCAUGGCUGA